CACACAGCAGCCAGCCAGCCAGCCAGCCACGCUGAUCGACCAUUUCCCUAAAGAUUUUGAGACUCGAGAAACAUGCCUUCUUACAAACUGUACUAUUUCCCUAUCAAAGUCAGAGCGGAGCCAGCACGUUUUGUGUUUGCGGCUGCCGGCGUCAAGUAUGAAGACAUCCGCAUCUCAUUUGACGACUGGCCAAGUCACAAGCAGAAAAUGCCUUUCCGGCAAAUGCCUGUACUAGAGGUCGACGGGAAACAACUCUCACAAAGUUAUGCCAUUGUGCGAUAUCUGGCUAAUGAAUUCGGUCUGGGCGGUAAAGACAAAUGGGAAGCAGCCGAGGCAGAUCAGUACACUGGGGCUGUAGAAGAUCUCCUUGGUCCUGUAAUUAGGUUUUAUUUUGAAAGCGACGAAAAAAGAAAGGCUGAGGGUUUAAAGAAAUUUAAGGAAGAGAAUGCCCCCGCCAUUUUGCCAGAUCUUGAGACAGCGCUGGGGAAAAACAGCUCAGGCUUUUUGGUUGGCAGUGGGCUGACCUAUGCAGACCUCUGUUUGUUAACUCUACUAGAGGUCAUGGAUGGCAUGCUGUCAAAGGAGGACGUCAGUGCUGUUUUAUCGUCGUACCCAAACGUCCAGAAACAUCGCCAGAAAAUCGAGUCUUUGCCAAAAAUUGCUGAAUGGAUCAAAGCUAGGCCAGCUACUGAUUAUUAGAUGGCGUUACUAUAUGGUGGUAUCAGUACAUUCCGAUAGCCCUAUACUUAGGCGGGACGCUGUGUAGCAUACCCUAUUUUUCCUAAGUUUUUAGGACAGGUAUUAGUAGUGCUGAAAGCAAAGAAAUAAUUUCUCCUUCAGUUUUUUUUUGAAAAGUAAAGACAUGAAUAUGUUGUGCAUUAGGUAGGCUAACCAUGUGAAAAAAGAAAGAAUCUAAAUACUCCAAGGGAAAAUUACAUGUGUUUUUGCUGAAAAGAGCUGACCAGCUGUACCAAAAAUUAGGAGAGUUAGGAUAGCUCAACAUGUGACACUGCCCCAGUAACAUGGUGACUGAUGAUACAAGACGCUACAGAGGAGCUUGUUAACCAAUGCAAGAUUCUGGUUUGAUGUCGCGACCAAAGGGUAUGAUUGACGCAAUCUUCAUGCGUGUCGUAGACCGUGAAAAAUUUCUCUUAAAGCUUUAAAUACUUUUUUUAGUAUGACUACUGAACGCAUUUACCAACAAUAUAUCUAAAAUACCAUGUUUUCAUGUUA